AUGGUUGGGGAUCAAGGAACAAGGAGACUACUCCCACAGAACUCACAGAUGCAGAGCUUCUCAUUCGCGCCCAACAAUUUCGGGCAGCGAGAAAACCAGAAGAAUUAUGUAUUCGUCGACGAGCACAAUCGCCAUAAAAGGCUGAAGGUGAUGAGAGCUUGUGAGGGAUGCCGAAGACGAAAGAUAAAAUGUGACGCGGCGACUACAAAUACUUGGCCAUGUUCGGCAUGCAUCCGACUGAAGCUUCACUGUGUUCCUCCGACCGUCAAUUAUGACCAAGACUUUCCCCGUCAAGGUUUUGAAGGGGAACGAGUGGAAUAUGAAAGCGGUGGCAGCGUUGAUGAUGACUAUCAUCAUCAAGUGGCCAUGCAGCAGCAGAUGGGUGGACCGCACAAGAACAUGCCUCCGAUCUUCACGCAACAGAUGUCGUAUCCAGAUCCUGCUGGUGUUUACCAUCCUGUUUCUUAUGGAAAUCCUUCUCCUAGCCACGGCCAACCCGCUAUGCACUACAGCAAUAUGCAGACUCCGAUGCAGACUCCGAUGCAGACUCCUGUCAGUGUUGUUGACCAGCACCAAACUUACCCUACGCAGCCCGUCUACCCCUCAAUGCCCUUGCAACAACAAUCUGGGCACCCAGAUUCUCCCGAAACAUACGAACAAGAUCAGUACGGACAGCAAGAUUUAGCCGAUCUUUUGGGCAAUUUGAGAGUGAAUGAAGCGGGGUCAGCACCGUACCUGAGCAAGAAGAGCAAGACCUUGUUGGAAGAGCCAGCAUUCGAAGAUGUCGAUGAUUACAAGCACGCGCUGCCACCCACGUUAUCUGGUCCGGAUCUCAAGGUCCGGAUACCGAUGGAGCUGAUGCCAGAUGACCAGACUGUCAUGGGAUACUUUGACAUGUACUUCAGCAAUGUUCACCCCUACGUACCCGUACUCAACAAAGCUCUUUUCUACCAGCAAUGGCAUACGAAUCGAGACUCGAUAUCGCCCCUCAUCUUGGAAGCCAUUUUUGCAAUCUCUGGGAAGCUUGCAGACGAGCCAUCACAAGGACAUCAAUGGCUAGCUCUUGCAUCAAAACACGCCGAUGCUUUCAUGGAUGUGCCGCGGUUGAGCACGCUCCAGGGGAUGCUCAUCGUGCUCAAGGCUCGAGAGUCGGCUCCAAAGCGCGGGUACUACUUCCGUUCGUGGAUGACAGUCGUCCAGUGUGUUGAGAUGGCCAAGGACCUGGGUCUGGAUGAGCACUUUGAGGAGCACAAAGCCGGCCGACCAUGCGGGUCUAAUCUUGCCGACUGUAUCACCAAAACCCGCAUAUGGCAGACAGUUUUCGCUUGCGAAUUGAUGAUUGGGUCUCCGCAAGGCCGACAGGAUUUAUCUGUUGACAUGGAAUCUCUGGAUCUAAGCGUGCCGAAAAACGUUGUCGGGAACGACGAGGCCGAGUUUCAUAUUACUCGAAAUUUUGCGUAUUUCACCAAGAUCGUUCGGAACGUCCGGAGAAUGAACAACGUCUACUCACGAAUAAAGAAGAAGAAGGAGUGGGGUAUCGAUCCGCAUUUCGUUCAACUAAACCCCUCGUUCGAAUCUUGGAUGAAUGAUCUGCCCGCCGACCUGCAGGUUACUUUUCCUCCGGACGGGACCCCUCCUUGGAUACCUUCUCACUUUAUAGGAAAUCUUCACUCCUAUUACUACCUCAGCAUCAUCAUGCUCCACCGACCCCAGCUCACGUUCAUGGAGCCCACCGGCAUGGACGGAGGCUGGAAGCACCAUAUGAUGAUCUGUUAUUCCUCCGCAAAGCUGCUGUGCAGGUUACAAGAAGCCAUUCUGCAGUCAUUUGGAAUGACAGGACUCUUGUCCAUGCAAAGAGGUAUAAACUUCACCAUCUACUGCAUCUUGACAUGCACCGUCCUCCACCUGGUUGCUAUCACUUCGCCGGAUCCUGAUCUGAAUGCGGACGCGCGUGAAUACUUUACGCGGCACAUGAGAAUACUGGAGAAAUGUACCAGCUCUUGGCCAAUGCCAGACAUGCAGCAACAAAUCGACUCGCUGCGCGAAGCCUUCUCUGCUGAUACUAGUAAACCAUUCGUGCUCAAGCCUAGUUUCCCUUACGGAAGCCCGGGAGCCAUCAACAUGACUCCUCCGCGAUCGACAGCAGCUUAUCGCGCGCAUGGUUCGGCACAGGGCUUGGAGCAACAGCAUGGAUCGCAACAAGUCAGUUAUACAGCCCACCCUAUCUCACCACCUAUUUCUGCCGGAGGUGUGGACACAAAGAGUGACUCUCCUGCUGUACAGUCGAUGGUCAUGAUGGCCGCUGGUCCACGGGGCUCCCAACCUCAGGCACCGAUAUCGACAGGUGUUCCCAUGGCUGCUGACCCUUCAACAUGGAAUCCCUCGCGAAUCUUUGAUCAAUGGAACACCACAUUUGGUACGACCCCUGCUCAGAGCACAUCCGCUUCUCAAAUUACUCCCCUAAAACUUCCGAUUUCAGGUGCUCAAGAGAUCCCGUCGCUGCCUGAGAUGCAACCGCUGCCGAAUCUGACACCUGGAACCCAUCCCCUUCCUCCACAGCAGUACAGUGGCGCACCAAUACCAUCGUUCGUCAGUCCGAGCUUGUGGCAAGAAUCGGUCGCCAGCGUGUACGAAGGCGGGUUGAAGAGGCAGCACCAAUGGGAUUACGAUGAGAACAGCAUGGUCAAGAGAGCGCGAUAG